GCACUUCGUGUGGCGUUUUCCAUUGUGUCCCUUUCUCCAUCUUCUCUCCACCUCACCACCAACAUAAAAGAAAAUUAAUUUUGGUCUUCACUCUUCCCUCUCUCUCUCUCUCCAGUUUCCACCCACCAUAAACCCUAUAAAACCCCACUCCUCCAUUGCGGAAAGCAGUGUGCAAACCCCCUUACCUCCACACUCACACUCUCCCUCUCUCCCUCCCGAGAUCCCUUCCCGGCAAGAACUUCCGGCAGCCUUCUUCCGCCAGCUCCCUAAAUGGCUCUCCUAGCUUCCGCCGCCGUCCCCACGGCCAAGCCCUAUCCCUUCUCCCCUCUCCUCCGGGCCGGCAAACAGCUCAACCAAACCUCCUUCCGCCCAUUCGUCGAAACUUCCUCCUCCCUAACGUCCACCCACCGCGCUGCCGGGUUCUCUCCCCUCCGGAACAGACCCGCCACCGUGGUGGCCAGCGGCGAAGGCGCUCCGGUCGUGGAGGAGACGGCCACGUCCCCUCAGCCGGCCUCGAAGGAGACGGGCGAUAAAAGGAUCCUGCUCUCGGACGUGGUAGUGACGCGGCCGACCAAUGUGUACAGCGCAGAACGGGCGUGGACGUCCCUAGACUUAGGGACGGCGGCGGCCGUUGCCGGCAUACACGGGCUGGCCCUCUUCGCGCCCUUCACCUUCAACUGGGACGCCUUCUGGGUAGCCGUUGAUCUGUACGUGGUGACGGGGCUGCUGGGCAUCACUCUUUCCUACCACCGGAACUUGUCCCACCGAAGCUUUAAGCUUCCAUGGCUGCUGGAGUACGUGUUUGCGUACUGCGGGCUCCAGUCGCUGCAGGGAAAUCCGAUCGACUGGGUGAGCACGCACAGGCACCACCACCGAUUCUGUGAAACCGAGAGGGACCCGCACAGCCCCACUGAAGGAUUCUGGUUCAGUCACUUCAGCUGGCUCUUCGACAGCAAGACUUUGAACGAAAAGUGCGGUGGGAGGAACAACGUUGCGGAUAUGGAGCAGCAAGCUUAUUACAGGUUCCUAGAGAAGACCUACAUUUUCCAUCCAAUUGCUCUUGGGGCACUGCUUUACGCACUUGGAGGGUUUCCUUAUGUCGUGUGGGGAAUGGGAGUGAGGACCUGUGCCGUAUACCACGCAACCUGGCUAGUCAAUUCGGGCGGCCAUGUCUGGGGAGACCGCGUUUGGCGCACUGGCGACCUUUCCAGGAACAACUGGUUUAAUGCUCUGAUCACAUUUGGAGACGGGUGGCACAACAAUCACCAUGCGUUUGAGUUCUCAGCCAAACACGGUCUGGAAUGGUGGCAGUUCGACGUCACUUGGUAUCUAAUAAAGCUGCUUGAAGGUGUGGGGAUGGCCAGUGACAUCAAGCUGCCGACGGAGGCUCAGAAGCAGCAGAAGGCUCUCGAGAAUAUGGCAGCUUAAGGACUUCACCUUUAAAUGGACCGGGUUGUGUGCCCGGAUUCGAUCCAUAGAGCUAGGUUAUGGUCGGGUUUCCGGGUGGGUACAUAGUGUAUGCAGUCUGCUUACCGCUUUGCCUUUGGCGGCCCCUGUUUUCGACCCAAAAAAAAAAAAGUAUGCAUGCUGUUGGACUCUGUUUGGUUGCCUUAUUUACGAGGAUAAAUGGUGAAUGAGAUGGAACUGUCCGUAAAAUAAUUAAUCA